GUUGAUGUGUAUGGAGAGUAGGAUAUCAUGACUCGCACACAAGAUGGUGAGGGGUAGAGACUAUAAGAAGCUGCAAAUGGUAGCGAGAGAGUCACUUCAUGAUAUCCUACUGACGUCUACAUUGACAGAAAACGUUGACUGAUAGAGUAGCAACAGCAUCUAAAGAAACUCUUCACACUUGCACCAGGACUGCACGCUAGGGCGACUUCAGUUGAUCUCUACAACGAAACCAGCUCUACUUCUUUAACUGAAAAUGCCUCUAAAGCUUACUACUGUGAUCCUUGUGUGUGUUGGUAGUUUGUUCUUGUGUGCGAGCGCUCAAAGCCUAUCACGAGACUACGGGGUGAAACUGUGCGGCAGAGAGUUUAUAAGAGCCGUUAUCUUCACGUGCGGCGGGUCCCGUUGGAAACGAUCCUUAGAUGAACACUUGGAUCCCUUCCAGCCCGGUUCCUACAGUGAUGUCACAGAGGGUGAGGACAGCAGAAUCAACUGGCCUCACGGACAUGGUCUAGACCAGGCAGCAGACCACCCUCUCCAGCUCUCCUCCUCCCUGGCAGACCUCCUCUCACUCUUGGGCGGAGUGGGAGACCAUAGGGGGUUAAUGGUUGAUGUCAACCCCAGCGAGGGGCUUCAGAACCAGGCUUCAGCGCUGGGAGGAGUGGCCAAGAACCCGAGCAUCAACUGGCCACGCCGCGACAGACAAAAGAGGAACUUUUCCCUGGGCUUAGCUGGCAUGUGCUGUAACCAGGGUUGCACUAAGAAUGACAUUGGGCGUCUGUGCUGAGUGAGACUGGGGUAGUACAGAGGUAGUGGAGGUGGACACUGGCUGAGGGAGCUCCCCCUGUACAGAACGGAGAACGUUGCUCAAAUUCUCCUUUCUGUACAGGGUGAGGAGAGCUCCGCCUUCUCUCUGUGUUGAUGGACUGGGUGUGAGAGACAGCAGUUUUAAAUGUUAAUUUCAGUGUUUCCAGAUAAUCACAAGGUUUGGGUUGUUGAUGGGGGAACUUUAAAAACGGCUUUGUAUACUUUUCUGUAUAUUGUGAAAGGAAAAUAGUUUACAUUUAAUUUUAAUUGCUCAAAUUUUGUCUCAUCGUUAAAUUCAUGACUUUGCUACUGAAGCAAGAGCAUCAUUGUACUUCCCUGAGAAAUAAAAUAGUUUGAAUGACGUGAAACAUGUAACAACCCACCACAAAUACCCCAUUACAAUACUGAGAAAAUAUGUUGUGUAUAUAAAAUGUUAAACUAAUCAAAUAUCAAUAUAAAGUAUCUUUUGGAAAUCG